AUGAAUAAGGAAAUUAGUAGUAAUAUAAUAGAAUAUAAUUCAUAUGAUUUAAAUUAUUGGAAAGAUUUUUUUUUAAAAAAAGAAGAAAAUAAAAUUAAUUCAGUUGAAAUAAAAUCAAAUGAUAGUUUACAAUUAUAUAACGUAAAAAUUAACAAGAAGAUAUAUGAUGGUAUAAUAAAGUUUGAUUCGUAUAAAUGCCCACAUUUUUUUAAGAAUUUUUCCAUAUAUAAAAAUGGAAAGACAUAUAUAGGAGAUUUUAAAGAAAGAAAAUUAACAGGCUAUGGAGAGAUUUUAUCAAAAAAUUUUUAUUAUAAAGGUUAUAUAUAUAAUGGGAAAAAAAAUAAAAAAGGGAAAUACAUUUUUAAAGGAAAAUUAAUGUACAUUGGGUAUUGGAGAAAUAAUAAGAGAAAUAAAUAUGGAAUUUUAAAAUUUCUUAAUGAAAAAAAAAAAUUAAUAUAUAAGGGUUACUGGAAAAAUGACAAAAGAAAUUUUUACGGUAUUCAACAUUAUAACAAUAAUUCUAUAUAUAAUGGCUUCUGGGAAGAAAAUAAAAAAUGCGGUUUAGGUAAGAUCAUUUGGUUUGCUAAUUUGAAAAAUAAUAUAAGUAAAUAUAUAAACGAAUAUGAAAAUGUAAAUUUAAAAAAAAAUAAAGUAGAAAAAAAGACAAACUAUAAUUUAUAUAUACAUGAAUACAAAAAAAAAAAUAUUGUUGAAAAUUUAUAUGUUGGUGAAUGGAUGAAUGAUAAACAACAUGGAUUUGGUAUUUAUAUAUGGUUUAAAAAAAAAAAAAAUAAAAACAAAAUAAUAUAUCAAAAUGAAAAUUAUGAUAAAUAUGCAGGUUACUGGAAUAAAGGAAAAAAAGAUGGAUAUGGAAUUUUUUAUUAUAAUAAUGGAAAUAAAUAUAUAGGUAUAUGGAAAAACAAUAAAAAAAACGGUUAUGGAUAUUUAAUAAAAGCAAAUGGUAUAAUAUUUAAAUGCUUAUAUAAAAAUAAUGAAUUGAUAUCAGAAAAACAACUUAAUAAAACAUAUAAAAUAAAUAAUAUUUAUACUAAUUCAUUAUGUAAUGUCAUUGACUUAUUUUUUUUUAAAAAAAUAUAUAAUAUAACGAACAAAAAUAUUGAAAUAUUUUAUAAAAUAAUUUAUAGAAAUUUUGAAUUUUUAGUAGAAAUUUAUGAUUAUUAUAAAAAAAGAAAUGGAAAAAAAAAAAAAAAUAAAUCUCAUAAUUUCAAAUUAUUUGAUUUAUGGAAAAUGUUCUAUAGAUCAAAGAUAAUUAAUACAGAAUUUACUUUGAAUUCGUUAAAUAAUUUAGUAAUUGAUUAUUCGUUGCUCAUUGAAGAAAAUGAAUUAUUUAAUUUUUUUGAUGUAAAUAACAAUUUAGAAUUUUCUUUUAAUGAAAAAGAUAUAAUAGAAAGUUUUUUUAAAUCAGUUGAUUAUUUAAAUAUAUUUUCUCAUAAUAAUAUAAUAAAUAAUAAAAAUUCAUUUAUAUAUAAAAAUAGUAUCAAAACUAAUGAAAAGAAAAAAAAUCAAAAAAAUGUAAAUUUAUUUAAUUACUACAAUAAUGAUGUUAAUGAAGAAUAUAAUUCUAUUAAUACUAAUAAUAAUAUCAAUGUUGAUAAAACUAAUAUUAAUAAUGAUGUAGAUAAUGAAAAUUUUGUAAUUUGUGAUGAAAACUAUUUAAAUAAAAAUUCAAGUUAUUUAAAAGAGAAAAAUUGGAAUAAUUUAAAAAAUAUUUUUAAUCUUUUUAAAAAUAUUAUAUUCAAUAAUAAUUUAUUGUGUUUAAAAGAUUGUACUAAUUUUAAUAAGUAUCAUCACAGGCAUUGUUGUCAUAAAAAUGAAAACAAUUUUAUUUUAAAAAAAAUCUAUUUUUCUAUAUUAAAAAGUAAAAGAGAAAAUAAUAAAAAUUACUUAUACUAUGCUUUAGUUAGCGUAUUUCAGUGUGUUCCUUUACUACAUCAUAUAUUUAAUAUAGCUAAAAAAUGUAAUUAUUCAUAUUCAAAUGAUAUUAAUGUUUUAAAUUUUUAUUAUAACAAAGAAUUUAAUUAUAACCAGAAAAAUGGAUUAAAAAAAAAUAAUAAUUAUAGUAAAACAAAUAACUUAAAAAAAAAUAUCCAUCCCUUACACUUUUAUGAAAUAAUAGAAAAUAAAGACUGUAUUACAUAUUUGAAAAAAUUAAUUACAUUUAUUAAUUUAAAUAGAUAUUAUUUACAUGAUGAAAAUAGAAAAAUAAGCUUUAAUAGUUUUAUAUCUACACUAAUUCAUAUAUCUAUACGAUUUGACAAUUUAAAUAAUAUAAAUGAAACAUUAAGAAACUUAAUAAACUCUUUAAAAAGAUAUUCACAAAAAAGGGAGUUACCUAAUAGUUAUCUAUUAAGAAAAAAAGAGAAAGAAGGAAAAAUAAAUAAAAAUCAUUUUAAUAAGAUAAUUUCAUCCAAUAAAUAUAAAAAAAAACUUGUCUUAGAUAUUAAUGAUAAAAAGGAAUUAAUAUAUUUAAAAAAUGAUAUUGAUGAAAAUAAAAAAGAAAAAAUAAAAUAUGAUAAUCAAAAUUUAAAAGAAAGAAAUAAAAAAAGUCAAGAAAAAUCUACUAUUUGUUCUAUAUGUAAUGAGAUCUUAAACAAAAAUUGUAAAAAAAAAAAUUAUAAAAAAAAAAAUUAUAAAAAAAAAAAUUAUAAAAAAAAAAAUUAUAAAAAAAAAAAUUGUAAAUAUUGUUUAAAAAGGAAAUUAUAUUCUUUAUGUGGAAAAAAAUGUGAUAAAGAAUUAAUAAACAUAUUGAAAAAUUUUAUUUAUUAUUUUAUGUUUUACUUUUUAAUAUUUGAAUCAAAGGAUAAGAAGAUUUCUAUUUUUAGUAUAAAAUUAAAUAUAUCAAUAAGGUUAAGAGAUAUAAUAUUAUUUUUAAUUAAAUUGAAAUUAUUAAAAAUGAAUAGAAAUGAAAAUAAAGUAAAAUAUGCUAAUUUAAAUUACUUUUUAUUUUAUAAAAAGAGAAAAAAGAAAAAAAAAAAAAAAAGUAUUUUAUUAAAUGAAAUUGAUUAUAAAGAUAAUUUAUUAGAUUGCAAAAUGAAAAAUAAAAAUAGUAGUAAAACAUUUAACAAAAAAAAAAACCCAAACAAUAUUAUAAUAAAUAGUAAAGAAAAAAAAAAUGCCAAGUGUAAAAAUAUAGAAAAGAAUAGUAACAACUUAGUAAUUGAAAGAAAUACAAAAAAUAUGCAUUGUGAUAAAAUUAUUGAUAAUGAAAAUAAUGUAAAUGAAAAUAGGAAAGAUAAAAAUAAAAAGAAUAAAACUGAUAAUUGUAAAAUUAAUAAAAGUGAAGUUAAGAAAAAUAACAUUAACAAAAAUGAAAAUAAUGAAAAUAAUGAAAAUAAUAAAAAUGAGUAUAAUGAAAACGAAAUUAAUUACACGAAGAAUAUAUGUCAAAAAGAAAAAAACAACAAAAAAGAAUUUUGUAAAAAAAAAAAAUCUGUGGGAAGAGUAAAAAAAUUAAUUUUUAAAAGUUUUUCAAAGAUGUUCUAUUUGUCCUUUUCUGAGAUUUUAUCAAUAUUUUCGAGUAUAUUUAAUUCUAAAAAUAUGAAGUUAGUAAAUGAAUUAAGUGUUGAUUUAUAUUUAUCUAAGCUAAAAAAAAAAAAAAGAAAAAAUAAAAUAAAUAAAUAUAGUUUAAAAAAUAAUAUAAUUCAUUAUUUUAUGAUAUUAAAAGAAAAAAGAGAAAUAAAUUCAUUAAACAAUUCUGAUAAGACAAACUAUAAAGUCUAUAAUAAGUUAUCAAAAAAUCAUAAGAAAAUUAAUAAGGAAUAUAUGUAUACAUUAUCUGCACGAAAUAGUGAAAGAAAUAUAAAUAUAAAAAAUAGUAAAUGGAGUUCAUUAGGGAAAUUAAAUUGUGAUCCUAUUUUCAAAAAUGAAAAUAUUUUGAAUACUAUAGGUAUCUUGAAUUCUGAAAAUAUAAAAAAUAGAAAUGGUAUGGAAACAAAUGAAGAAUAUUUGAAAAAAAAAACUUAUCUAAUGCAAAAUCAACAUUAUAAAUUAAUAAGGGAUAAACAAACUCUUAAAAAUGCAUAUAUUAAAAGAAAAAAUGAAAUUAAAAAAAAAUUGUAUCGUUUGAGAAAAUAUAUAUUUUCUCAUAAAAAUUAUAUAAGUAUAUUAGAUUACUUUAACAUUUAUAUAACACCUUAUGAACUUCUUUUAUUUUUUUUAAAAUUUGUUAAAAUCAUAAAAAAAAAAAGGAAAAUUAAAAAUUCUUAUAAUGAUACACUUUAUUUUUUUAUAUUCCAUAUUCUGUUGUAUAAAUCAUCUAUUUUAGCAAACAAUAAUAAAAAAUAUUAA